AGCGGGGUCGGUGCCGGCCAUGCCUCCCCCGCGCCCCGCGGUCCCGCGCGGGCGGAGCGCAGCCCCCGCCGUGGUGCCCCGUGGCGGCUGCGGGGCGCGGGGGGCCGGUGCCCGGCGCUGAGCAGCUCCGCGGGUGCGAUGUCCUCGCUGGUGAAGGAGGACCUGGCGAAGAGGCUGUUCGGCCCCCGGCGGCAGAGGCUGCACGAGUUCAUCGAGGUGGAGGGCGCGGGCGCCCAGCGCUAUUACCUGUGCGCCGCAGUAACUAAAAGUAAAGAAGUAGAAAUAUGUAUGGUUAAACACUGGCGAGUGGACAGAGAGGAGAAAUAUGAAAUAGUUGAAAAGUGGUUUUUGAAAGAUCUGGAGAUGAUUGAUGGAAAAGAAGCAGAUACAGAUAAUCCAUAUUUUGAUAUGCAUUUCCAAAAAGUCUACAAUAUGGAAGCAUAUAGUUGUGCAUCUAAAUAUACCUUUGCUCGAACACUAAACAAACUGAAUGCCACGUACCUUAAGAAGGACUUCAAGAUUGUGAACUUUGAUGACACCUACCUAAACGAUGAUUCAAUCUGGUCAUCCAGCAAUAGAGAUUUCUUAGUAGUUAUGAGGGUUUGCUUCUAUGCUUCCAACCUUUUAUGUCUGUCCCUCUGUCGUUUGUCCUAAAGAAGUAUUUUCUAACAUUAAGGUGACUGACUGGUUGACUUUCAUUGACCAGCAUUUCAUAAACCAUCUGAUCAAAAAGUUCGUAGGUGAUAUGCAGUGUCUCCUUUUUAAUUUUACAUGUAAGUAAAAAGUAGAGCAUACUUUUUACAUGAAUAGUUGAUAACUCCUUUAUACACAUGAAGAGGUCCUCAUUCUAGCAAAUACUUAUACAUUCUAGAGACUGGAAACAUAGAACCAGUGAUUAUCAUGGUCAGUGGGGAUUGCUUAUGUAAGCAGAGCUCAGCAUUUGCUUGUAUGUUCAUGGAAGUAUAAAUUAUCUUUAAUGAAUAGCCUGAAAUAGUUUUGCAGCAUUAAGAGCAUUAACAGUUAGUUCAUAUCUUGGAAGUAGGAGGAAAAAAAAGCCAUCAGUUGAGUUCUGUAUGAGAAUGAUGCACAUUUCCAUUUCCAACUGUGCUGAAACACAGAACUCCAUUAAAGACAUCACACCUACAUCCCUACAAGAAUCCAGUUCUCAUCCUGAUGAAUAGGAGUACUGCACUCAGGUACCAUGGGACCAACUUUUCACCUAUGCAGCUAUAUCAUUUUCCCACAGAACAUUUAGUAUUCCCUUUGGCCUUCAUGUUAUUUGUGAUACUUUCUUAGAAAACAGAUGUUCUUGAGCAGCACUGCUUUAUUUGUCAGACCUUUCAGAACUUCCGUAACAUUAAUAUGUCCGUUCUUGCCCUUCAGUGUUUAUAAGCAGCUGUGGUUAGGGAACAGAAAUUGUCUCUAUCUUUAAACCAAAGGAUAAGAAAAUACUGUGUGAACAGUAGUUGUUGGCUACUAGAGUUACUUCGUAGGCAAGUGAUAGAGUUUUCAAAAUAGAAUGAUGAGAAUUAUUUUCACCAGUUUCUAGCGAAGUGUAAGCAUAUUCAGUGUACUACUUAAAGGCGCAUUAGUACUUAGAGCUACAUUUACCAUGGGGUGGAGUCUAUUUGAGGAGUUUGAAGCAGCUCACAAAAUGUAACAGCUGGACUUGUGGUAGCAGUAUACUAUGGUAGAAACAGAGGAUAAGUGUCAGCUGUGUUGAGCAGAAGCUGAAGAGGAACAAUGUUAAUGGUAAGAAGCGUGGUGUUCCUGCCCAGUGUCUGUCAGUUGAGUUAGCUGGCUGUCCAUCCCAUAGUAAAUAAAAAAAUGCCAACCCAAAGUAAGCUCCAUUCAGAGAAGCUUCUGGACAGAAUAUCCUGCAGGAGAAAAUUAGCUUUUUCCUUUGGCAGCCAAGGGAGUUCAGGAAGGCAGGCUGUGGACUAAACUUGGCAUGAACCUGGAACUGAGUGAUGUCAGGUCCCAGAAAAUCAGAGGCUGGUUCAUGUCCUCUCUCAGCACCUGCCAUCUCUAACAUGGGACAGCUGUGCAAAGGUACUCAGCUGUACUGUGGCUUGGACUUUGUCUUCCAUGUGAACUCCCACCUUGAAAACAUUUGUAUAAAUGUACUUUGGGUUAAAAAUUGAAGUAACAUCAAGUAAGUGAGAAUAUAUUUGAAAACCUGUAAAAUGUACAGCUUUCUACUUUUGCAGUGUUGUCCUAUUGUGUAUAUAGGAAAGCCCAUACCUUUGAUUAGUUAGAUAUUUAUUCUAGACUUAUAUUGCGAGCUACUUUGGUUCUAACACAGAUCUUAGUAAUUAUUGCUGUACAGUAAGACAGCUGUGAGGGCAGUUUAUGUGGGUAACAGAAAUCCUCUGGCAUUUGUAAGGUCUUAAAUUAGCCACCUAAAUACUGUUAGAGAGAAGGAAUGUAAUUUUAGUGAUUGUUUGCACAAUACAGUUGCUCUUUUGAGCAUGUCUUUGGGAUAAUCCAGUGCAAGUAAAUGUAUUGUGACAUUUGAUUAUUACCUACAAGAAGUAUUUGCCCAACAUCCAGGUUCCACAAAACCAUCUUAUAUAGAAAGUAUAAUUCAUGCUACUGCUAUCUAUGAUACAUUGUCUUGUUUGAAUUGUGUAUUGAUUGUUGAGGUCACAAUGUUUUCCGCAAUAUUUACAAAUUGUUUGCUUAAUAGGCACAAGGAAAUGUUUUCUGGGUGGAAAAGCUUUCAUCAUUCAUCUUGUAAUUGUAAUAAAAAACAUAGAACUCUAAAAACGAGCACUUCAGAGCAUUCUUUUGAAAUAAAGUACAUGUAUACUGAAUUCUUGCCCAGUAAUUGUCUGUAUCAUUUUAGAAACUGAUGAAAGCUAAACAGUUACUAUAAUGUUCAACCAUAUUUAAUGGACUUUCAUUGGUAGUUGAUACAUUUUUAUUCUUGUACUAUAUAAACAUGUAAUGGACUAUAUUGGAAGACAAUAAAUCUGCAUUUUAUGUGGAAGAAUAUGCAAUUAAAA